UUUCUCUGGGCUUUGGGGUUCUCUCGGCGCUGUGGGGUUCUCUCGGCGCCUUGGGGUCGCUCUGACCCCACUGUGGAUUUGUCUGUUGGUGUUUCCAGCCCGAGGCGGGGCCGGGGGCAGCUCCCAGACCGGGGACGCUCUGGGAAAGGCGUUGGCAUCCAUCACACCAACAGCAGCUUCCCCUCCAACCCCUCCACUCCCGUCGGCUCUCCCCCUUCUCUCGCAGGGACAGCUGCUUGGGCUCGGAAUGGAGGUCAGGCGUCUUCAUCUCCCAAUUACGAGGGGCCCUUGCACUCCUUGCAGAGCCGCAUCGAGGACCGCCUGGAGCGCCUGGACGACGCCAUCCACGUCCUUCGGAACCACGCCGUGGGCCCGGCCACCGCCAUGGCCACCGGCGGCCACGGCGACAUGGCCGCCAUCAUCGGGGCCACCCACAACGGGGCCGUGGCCACCCUGGCUGGGGGCUACGGGAGCGGGCUGCUGGGCCAGAGACAUUCCUUGAUGGUGGGAGCUCACCGAGAGGACGCCGUCGGCCUCCGGGGCAGCCACUCCUUGGUGCCCAGCCAGGUGCCGGUGCCGACGCUGCCGGUGCCGUCGGCGACGUCGCCGGAGCUCAACCCCAGCCAGGAUCCCUACAGGGGCGCGGCCGGCGCCCUGCAGCCGCACGGCGCCUCCUCGGGCAGCUCCGACAUCAAGUCCGACGACGAGGCCGACGAGAACCUGCGCGAGCCCAAGGGCAACGACGACAAGAAGCUGGACGACGACAAGAAGGACAUCAAGGCCAUUACUAGGUCAAGAUCUAGCAAUAACGACGACGAGGACCUGACCCCGGAGCAGAAGGCCGAGCGCGAGAAGGAGCGGCGCAUGGCCAACAACGCCCGCGAGCGGCUGCGCGUGAGGGACAUCAACGAGGCCUUCAAGGAGCUGGGCAGGAUGGUCCAGCUGCACCUCAAGAGCGACAAGCCGCAGACCAAGCUGCUGAUCCUGCACCAGGCCGUGGCCGUCAUCCUCAGCCUGGAGCAGCAGGUCCGAGAGCGGAACCUGAACCCCAAGGCGGCGUGCCUGAAGCGGCGCGAGGAGGAGAAGGUGACCUCGGAGCCGCCGCCGCUGGCCCUGCCCGGGGCCCACCCGGCCAUGGGCGACGGCGGCAGCCACAUGGGGCAGAUGUGAGAGGUCUGGAAAUUCCCGUUCCCAUUUCUCGUUUCUUUCCUUGGAUCCUGUAAAAAAAAAUCGAAUUUUUUUUUUGGUUUUUUUUUUGGUUUUGUUUUUUUUUCUGGAAAUUUCUCGACAAGUCUGAGUCAUUCCACGGUCGCAGACGCCUGAAAAUUCCUCCCCCAAAAUUUGGGCAAAAAUUUGGGGCGAAUUUGGGGGAAAUUUUGGGGGAAAAAGUGGGAAUUUCGCAGCCAGAGACUGCCCCGAUCGUCGCUUCCACACUGUGGAUUUUGUGCCUAAAAAAAUGUGGAAUUUUGGGUUUUUUUUGGAAAAAUGGAGGUGGAAAAUGGGGGGGAUGAAAUAAAAAUGUUGGAAAAUGAAAAA